GGCCCCCCGCCUCGACUUGCCCUACCGGGGAGCAGCGCCAGCGAGCGACCCCGCUUCACCCGUACUCGGCUUUGCCCUGGGGGGCAGCGGCAGGAUGAGACUAAACGGGAGCGAGCUGAACAGCUCUGUCCUCCCGCGGGACCCGCCGGCCGAGGGUGCCCCGCGCCGCCAGCCCUGGGUGACCUCCACUUUGGCCGCCAUCCUCAUCUUCACCAUCGUGGUAGACCUGCUGGGCAACCUCCUGGUCGUUCUUUCGGUCUACCGCAAUAAGAAGCUGCGAAACGCGGGAAAUGUGUUUGUUGUAAGCCUGGCAGUUGCAGACUUGAUUGUAGCUAUCUACCCAUAUCCACUGGUCCUCACAUCUGUGUUUCACAACGGAUGGAAACUGGGAUACCUACACUGCCAGAUUAGUGGCUUCUUGAUGGGCCUAAGUGUCAUUGGAUCAAUCUUCAAUAUUACAGGCAUCGCUAUCAAUCGGUACUGCUAUAUCUGCCACAGUCUCAAAUAUGACAAGCUAUACAGCAACAAGAAUUCAUUGUGCUAUGUUGUUCUUAUAUGGGUCCUGACAUUUGUUGCUAUUGUGCCCAACCUGUUUGUGGGAUCGCUACAGUAUGACCCCAGGAUUUACUCGUGUACAUUUGCACAAUCUGUGAGCUCAGCAUAUACAAUAGCAAUUGUGUUUUUCCAUUUCCUGCUUCCCAUAGCCGUAGUUACUUUCUGUUACUUGAGAAUAUGGAUCCUCGUUAUUCAGGUAAGGCGAAGGGUUAAACCAGAUAACAACCCUAGGCUGAAGCCACACGACUUCAGAAACUUUGUAACCAUGUUUGUAGUAUUUGUACUGUUUGCAGUCUGCUGGGCCCCUUUGAACUUUAUAGGCCUUGCUGUGGCUGUCAACCCAAAAACUGUAAUCCCUAGGAUUCCAGAGUGGUUGUUUGUAUCUAGUUAUUAUAUGGCAUAUUUCAACAGCUGCCUUAAUGCUAUAGUAUAUGGACUCCUGAAUCAGAACUUCAGAAGAGAAUACAAGAGAAUUAUUGUCACUUUUUGUACAGCAAAUGUUUUUUUCCAGGAUAGUUCUAAUGAUGCAGGAGACAGAAUGAGAAGUAAACCUUCUCCAUUGAUUACAAACAACAAUCAAGUAAAGGUGGACUCUGUCUGAAAAUGGGA